AUGAAGCUGUUUCACGUUGCUCCCCUUCUACUCCCUCUGGCGACUGCCAUCGCCGUCACCAAGCCUGAUUUUAUUUCCUACGAUGGCUACAAGGUGUUCCGGGUUAAGACCGAGCAUCAGCUUCACCGCGUGCAACACUUGCUCUCAACUAUUGAGUUCGAACAGUGGAAUGACGAUAUCGACCGUCAUAUCGACAUAAUGCUCUCUCCAGAACAGCUACCAGCCUUUGAGUCCCUCAACCUCGAUAGUCACUGCAUGCAUUCCGAUCUAGGAGACUCCAUUAGAGCCGAGUCUGCCCGCUCCUCAGUCUACAAGCGCCAGGUCGACGACAUGUCUUGGUAUGACAGCUACCAUGAUAUUGAAGAACAUGAGCAGUACUUAUCUGAUUUGCAAGCGGAAUUCCCAGACAACUCCGAAAUUGUCAGCAGUGGGACGAGUUACGAGGGACGGGACAUCUUUGGUAUUCACCUCUGGGGAAACGAUGGCCCUGGAAAGCCUGCAAUACUAUGGCACGCGACAGUCCACGCCCGUGAAUGGAUCACUGCUCCGGUCGUCGAAUACAUCACGUUGCAAUUGAUUCAGGGCUAUAACGAAGGCGUCAACACGACAGAAGCCUUCCUUGAUGCCUACGACUUUUAUAUUUUCCCCUUUGUAAACCCUGACGGCUUUGUCUACUCCCGGACAACCGAACGGCUCUGGCGCAAGAAUCGACAACCUCCCCCGCCACCACCCGCUAACCAAACCUGCUUCGGUCGUGAUAUCAAUCGACAAUGGGACUACGAAUGGGAUGCCAACCCACUUGGCGCAUCCACCAAUCCGUGCUCACAGACCUACAAGGGUGAAGAACCAAGUGACUCACCUGAGAGCCAGGGUCUUACGGCCCUGGUGGAUGAGCUGCGAGACACUCAGGGCAUUAAAUUGUACAUUGACUGGCACAGCUAUGGCCAAUACAUCCUUUCGGCCUGGGGCUACAACUGUACCGUCUACGCCGAAGACCUUGGAGAGCAUAUCAAUCUUGCAUCAUUGACUUCGGCAGCUAUUCGAGACGUCAACAACAAGACCUUCACCUUUGGCCCAUCCUGUGGUACAUUAUACGCCACCACUGGAAGCAGUGUCGAUUAUAUCUACGGUACAGGCAAGGCAGACUGGGCAUACACGAUCGAGCUCCGAGAUACGGGAGACUUUGGCUUUGUUCUGCCCCCGGAUCAGAUCCUUGAAAGUGCCGAAGAGCAAUGGGUUGGCAUGCAGCUGAUUCUUAGCUUGUUGGACGAGCCUUUCUUCGAAGUGCCCUCUUAG